GUGCGUAAAGAGGGUUUGGCACAAGACGCCGCGCGUAAACAAAAGCACAUUGUCAGCGCCGCUGCUGCCCAGUCUGCCCAGAUGAAGUGAGCGGUCAUUCCCACUGGUCUGAACAGACAGCGGACUUCACUUGGAUUGGAUUCUUUUUAUGAUUUGGAAGCCUCGCGUGGACGACCCUUUAAUAGCCAAUUUAGUCGAAACGUUUUCGUUUAAAGGUUGCAAACAGACUUUUGUUCUUCCUUCAAGCUGGAGAACCAAGAAAGGAAUUAAAUCUUUUGGAAAACGGGACUUAAAGGGGGUCAUGCCGUGCGUCCAGACCCAGUGCAGCUCCUCGCCGCAAGGCGCCAGCCCCGCGUCUCAGAGCGCCGGCGCGGAGUGCAGCUGCGACUUCCUCACGCCGGAGUUUGUCAAGUUCAGCAUGGACCUGACGAACAGCGAGCUUUCGGCUGCCUCAUCCGGACCCGGUUUCGGCAACUCCGCGGACGGCUACGGCGCCGGCUACGACGCGAAGCCGCCGUGCGUCUUCCAGAUGCCCGCGGUCCAAGCGGAGCUGCCGUGCGUCAAAGUGGAGGAUGCCCACGGAUGUCCGCGCUAUCAGAACCCCCUGCACUCCUCGGAUGACUUGCUCUCCUCCCAGAGCUCCGUGUAUUACUACCGCGCCCCCUCGCCGCACGGCUUCCACCCGCCACAUGGACACAUCUGGGAGGAUUCCGGCUCUCUGUACAAAAACGCGCUUUCCAGGUUUUCCCUGUUUUCUCUGAAGCACACGCCGCACGGUACCCAGAGCUUCCCCACCUGCCAGGUCAAAUUUGACGUCUCCAUGAACUUGGACGCGGGCGGAUGCGGGUCGCACCACCACCAACAAGGGAAAGCCCUCGGAAUGGGCUUCCCUCGCCCCCUCCAGUUCCCCCACAGCCACCACUUUAUGGAAUACCAGAGCUCUGCCGGAGCCGCGCGAGGAGCGCUGAGCUCGGAGGGGCUGUGCGCGGUGUGCGGGGACAACGCAGCCUGCCAACACUAUGGAGUCCGCACCUGCGAGGGCUGCAAGGGCUUCUUCAAGCGAACAGUGCAGAAAAAUGCCAAAUAUGUGUGUCUGGCUGCAAAAAGCUGCCCUGUGGACAAGCGACGGAGGAACCGAUGCCAGUAUUGUCGCUUCCAGAAGUGCCUGGGGGUGGGAAUGGUCAAAGAAGUGGUGAGGACAGACGGUCUUAAAGGCAGAAGAGGUCGUCUGCCAUCCAAACCUCGAGCUUUGCCAGACUCGUUUUUACAUGGCAGCACCCUUCUGAGUGCUGUGGUUAGGGCACAUAUAGAGUCAAAUCCUCCAGCGUCUCGUCUGGACUACUCCAAAUUCAAGGAGAGUCCAGGGGACCUGCUGGGUGACGAYGCUCAACACGUCCGACAGUUCUACGACCUCUUGAUGAGAUCGAUGGAAGUCAUUCGGAGUUGGGCGCAGAGGAUCCCAGGUUUUGCCACCCUWCCUAAACACGACCAAGACCUCCUCUUCUACUCAGCCUUCCUGGAGCUGUUCGUCUUGCGGCUGUCGUACAGAUCCAACCCAGAGGAAGGGAAGCUGAUCUUCUGCGAUGGGUCGGUGUGGCAUCGGCUGCAGUGCCUGCGAGGCUUCGGGGAGUGGAUUGACAGCAUUGUUGAGUUCUCCGCCAACCUGCAGAGGAUGAACCUGGACGUUUCCACCUUCUCCUGCAUCUGUACCCUGGCUUUACUCACUGAGCGCCACGGGUUGAAGGAGUCAAAGCGGGUCGAGGAGCUGCAGAACAACGUGGUCAGGUGCUUAAAAGACAACGAAGCCGCCRGUCCAGACGGAGGCGGCCCGUACCGCUGGUCCAACCACCUGUCCAGACUUCUGGAGAAACUGCCAGAACUUCGCACUUUGUGCAUCCAAGGCCUGCAGAGGAUUUUCUACCUGAAGCUGGAGGACCUGGUGCCGCCGCCUGCUGUGAUAGAUAAGUUAUUCCUGGACACGCUGCCAUUUUAGAGACUUUUUUUUUUCUUUUCAAGUUGCUGGGUGAGUAUUUGGGCCAAACAAUUUGCACAAAGCUAAUGAGUUUUGCCCGCAGGAAAUUUGCAACUCUUUAUACAGUAAUUGUAAAGUGAGCACAUCUACAUGUGUGAACACAUUUUCCUGUCUGUUCAGCUUGUAUAAAAUCAUUUUGAUACAAAACAAGCGCUUCUUUUUUCAUGCUUCUAUUUAUUAGUGAAUUGUUAAGUAAUAUUAGUUWCAAAUCGGUUCGCUGUAUUUAGUCUGUCAGUCGUGUCCAUGAUUUAAUAAAAGAUCACAUUAUGUUUUUGUUUUUUUGAUUGACCUACUUUUAUUCAAACCUCAGUGUAUUUUAUUGAGAUUUCACAUGAAUGGAGCAUAAAUGUAA